AUGAAGGCCGUCAUCGCCUUGGCCAGUCUCAUCUGCUGCACGGUGGCUCAGAGCAGCUCUGUCAAAGUGAAAUGGCUGGAAGCUGCUCCUGACUACCUCGGAGGUGUGACUUUCGGUCUUCCAUGGCCUCGCGGCCAACACCUGGCAAACGCAACCACAUUCACGGCUUCUGGGGACACUCAACUCCAAUCUUGGGUCACUGCAUACUGGCCCGAUGGCUCUCUGAAAUGGACGGGACACGCCCUCGGAGCAAUCGAUUUCCCCGCGGAUGAAUACACUAUCACCGCAUCGAACACUGGCAGCUCGACUUCGUCACAAAUCAAAAGGCAAAGCAGUGGUAUACAGGUGACAAACAUUGGAGAUGAGAUUGUCGUUGAUACCGGCAAAGUGGCAGCAGCUUUCCCGAAGUCCGGCAACGUUUUGGUGUCUUGGAUCAAGGCUGGUCGCAAAAUAGUCGGAGAGAAUGGUCGCUUGAUACUACGAUCACAGAGUGGCACGCCCGAUGACGACGAGGAUGGAAAGCCGACUGGCAUUGACUUCUUCACCUUCACUAGCAAGGUGUCCAACGUAACCGUCUCUGAGAAUAACUCGGUCCGUACAUUAGUAACGGUCUCUGGCUUGCACUCAAUUGUUGGAGAUGGUGCACACGAUGACUGGAUGCCUUUUACGGUACGCUUCUAUCUCUAUGCCAAUUCGGAGGCGAUCCGCGUCAUUCAUACCAUCAUCUACGAUGGAGACAUGACUAAGGACUUCCUGUCUGGCAUUGGCCUUCGCCUAGACGUACCGCUUUCCGAAGAGAAAUUCUACGAUCGUCACAUCCGUAUUGCGGGUGUGGACGGAGGAAUGCUUAAUGAGGCGGUCCAGGGUGUUACAGGUCUGCGUCGCGAUCCUGGAGCGAAUGUGCGCUCAGGGCAGUUCAAUGGCACAGUACUUCCAAAUGCGACUACUUGGGACCGGAGAGUCACAACACGCUUGCAGUGGAUCCCAACCUGGAGCGAUUAUCGCCUUACGCAAUUGUCGUCUGACGGCUUCAAUUUGAAAAAGCGUACCAAGGCCGGCCAAAGCUGGGUAAAGAUUCCAGGAGGCAGUCGCUCGGGCGGUCUCGCUUACUUAGGAGGAUCUACUGUCGGUGGCCUUGCAGUAGGCCUACGUGAUUUCUGGAAAAAGUAUCCUACCAGCUUGGAUAUUUCCAAUGCAGCCACAGACACUGGCUCCAUCACCCUCUGGCUUUACAGCCCGCAAGCUGGGCCAAUGGAUAUCAGACCCUACCAUGACGGACUUGGCCAAGACACAUAUGCAAAACAACUAGACGCCUUGGAGAUCACCUACGAAGAUUGGGAGGCAGGUUACGACACACCCUAUGGAGUAGGACGCACCAACGAGCUCUACAUCUAUGCCUUCGAGUCUACACCGUCCGCCGACAAGCUAUCAACACUCACCAAUUGUACCAACAACCCCCCGGUGUUGAUCCCAGAGCCGGAGUACAUCCGCGACACCAAAGCCAUCGGAUCGUACUGGGACGUUCCUGGUGCUGUUGAUUCCGCACAAGCCCGUAAGAUUGAAGAGAAUAUGGAUUUUCUCAUAAACUUUUACACAAAUGAGGUCGAAAAUAGGCGUUGGUACGGUUUCUGGGACCAUGGCGAUAUCAUACAUACCUAUGAUGAUGACAGGCACCAGUGGAGGUAUGACAUUGGUGGCUAUGCCUGGGACAACUCAGAACUUUCCCCUGAUCUCUUCUUCUGGGGAUUUUUCCUCCGCACCGGCCGCGCUGAUGCCUAUCGUCUUGCCCACGAUCAAGCUCGACACGGCGGAGAUGUAGACUCGUACCAUCUCGGCAACUUUACUGGUCUUGGCACCAGGCACGGUGUUCAGCACUGGAGUGACAGUGCAAAGCAAGCUCGGAUUGCGACUCCCGUAUACCGGAAAACUUUCUAUUAUAUCUCCGGUGGCGACGAGCGUACCGGAGAUCUGGUACGUGAAGUUCUCGAUGCCGACAAGGCUUUUCUUCUCGUGGACGCGAGACGCAAAGUCAGAGACCCAUCAGUUGUUUACGUGCCCGAUGCUGAAGCGCUCUAUCUCAAUUUCGGCACGGACUGGGCUGGUAUCGCACAAGCUUACCUCAUUGAAUGGGAACGUCACGGCCCACGUUGGGAAGAAGCUCGCGACAAGCUCAUUGAGGCGCUCAAGACAUAUCCCAAACUCAAAAAUGGCUUCAUCACCGGUGAGGCGUUGUACAACAGUCUCACCGGUGCAUGGGCUCCUCCACCGACGGAUCCAACAAAUAACGGUAGCAUCACCGUCUCACAUCUGUCUGGUGUUUUUGGAGUGCUUGAGACAAUCGACCAACUCCAUGACCAUUUUGGUACCGAGCAGCAAAACGUUACCAAACCAUUCCUCGAUGCUUUUCUCGAUUAUUGUUAUUACUAUGGCGCUAGUAAGACCGAACAGGCAGCCCGUUACGGCAAAGACUUUGGCACACUGAAUCUUAAACAAGGUCACUCUCGCUUCACGGCUUACGUUGCCCAUCAUCGUAAUAACGCGACACUUGUUCCAAGGGUAUGGUCGGAGUUCCUAGGCGAUGGUAGCAAGGACGGGCUUGCACCCAAUGCACCCUGGAAGACGGAAAGGAUUGAUGGGAGCGCCGUCCUGAUACCGGUUAAUGAGGCGAAAUGGGUCAGCACAAAUGCUGCAGCCUUGUACGGAGUGGCAGGUAUUGAGAAUCUGGCGCUCGUUGGUGCACCAGAUGUGAACAAAUUGAGCGGCAACGGCACUGCGAAUCCUCAGUUGUAG